AGUUGCCAGACAAAACGAAAAGCAAAAGUCGUUUUUAAUUUUUUUGAUUUUUUCCCCUAAAAUGGCUCCGUCCAAUCCAAACUACAAAACGCCGGAAAACACGCGUUUUUCAUUCUUCUCAUCUCAGACUCAGACAACAAAACCACGAUCUUGUCUUGCGUUUAUUUAUUUUUAAUUUUUGCAUUUCAUUUUAAAUAUUAUUUUAUUAACACUAAUUAUUAAUAAUAUUUUAGUAGUUUGUUCUCUCUCUGUCCGAGAAUCUGCUAAAUUCCUGCAACACCUCAGACAGAGGCGGAGAACUCGCCGCCCUCAAAAUUUUUCAAUGAAAUUAAGGCGGCAAUAAAUAACAAUAACAGCAACGAUACCGUUUUUUUCCUUCCCUUUCUCUCUCUACUUUCUCUCUCUAGACCCUUCCAUGCCUGCUUCCUUCUCCGUUGCCUCCUUCCGCCUCCUCUCUCGCCGGGUGUAAUUAGAAAAGGAGGGGCUUGUGGCAAUGGAGGGGGAACCGAGCCAGCUCAGACGGGCCUUCGUUGAUGCCUCCGCCGGAGCUAUUUCCGGUGGAAUUUCCAGGACAGUGACGUCACCUCUUGAUGUUAUUAAGAUUAGGUUCCAGGUUCAACUGGAGCCCACAUCUUCAUGGACUUUACUACGCAAGGGUUUGUCUACACCUUCAAAGUAUACUGGCAUGUUACAAGCAGGCAAAGAUAUUUUUAGAGAAGAAGGCAUACAGGGUUUUUGGCGGGGCAACGUACCAGCUUUGCUCAUGGUUAUGCCAUAUACAGCUAUACAAUUUACUGUUUUACAUAUGUUUAAGACUUUUGCCUCUGGUUCUUCCAAGACAGAGAAUCACAAUAGUUUGAGCCCUUAUCUAUCCUAUGCGAGUGGAGCAUUUGCUGGGUGUGCUGCAACUGUAGGGUCAUAUCCUUUUGAUCUUCUCCGAACCAUACUAGCUUCUCAGGGUGAACCAAAGGUUUACCCAAACAUGAGGUCAGCCUUGGGUGAUAUUCUCCAAACUCGUGGCUUCCGAGGCUUGUAUGCUGGAUUGUCACCAACCCUAGUUGAAAUUAUACCAUAUGCAGGCCUACAAUUUGGAACCUAUGAUACUUUUAAACGUUGGACCAUGGCAUGGAAUCGUCGUCAAUAUUCAAAUCCUUCUGCAGAAAGCCUCUCUAGCUUUCAGCUAUUCCUGUGUGGCUUGUCUGCAGGAACAUGUGCCAAGCUCGUUUGUCAUCCACUUGAUGUGGUCAAGAAAAGAUUUCAGAUUGAAGGUCUACAAAGGCAUCCAAGAUAUGGAGCUCGGCUAGAACAUCGUGCAUACAAAAAUAUGUCUGAUGCCAUGAGACGAAUAUUACAGGCGGAGGGUUGGGCUGGUCUAUAUAAAGGGAUUGUCCCAUCAACUGUUAAAGCUGCACCUGCUGGUGCUGUAACAUUUGUUGCAUAUGAAUUGACAUCAGAUUGGUUGGAAUCUAUUUUAACUUGAUAUUUUUACUAUUGGGGAGAAGGGGAUUUUAUGAUUUU